CGUUGAACACGCCCACUUGCGCGUGUCUUCCUUCUCGCGGCGAUUCGCGUGUUACGGUUCCAGACUGAAUCGCUAUGCUUCUCCGGUCAGCUGUCAGCAAGCUCGCCAGCCCGCUGCGGGGCUCCUUCUGUCUCUCCGCCGCAACAAAUGGACUUUACUCCUCUUUAGCUCAGGUUCGAGCUGUUCUGGAGGGCGAACUUGAGUCGAUAAGAGCGGGCGGGACGUGGAAAGGGGAGAGAGUAAUCACGUCCAAGCAGGGUCCGCACAUCAACGUGGACGGCAGCCGUGGGGACAUACUCAACUUCUGUGCCAAUAACUACCUGGGUCUGUCCAGUCACCCCGAAGUGGUGCAGGCAGGUGUCGAGGCCUUGCGGGAGUACGGCGCCGGCCUCAGCUCUGUGAGGUUCAUCUGUGGGACGCAGGACCUGCACAAGAGGCUGGAGCAGAAGGUGGCUCAGUUCCAUGAGCGAGAGGACGCCAUCCUCUAUGCUAGCUGUUUUGACGCUAACGCUGGGCUCUUUGAGGUCCUUCUGGGGCCAGAUGAUGCUGUUCUGUCUGAUGAGCUGAACCAUGCUUCCAUCAUUGACGGGAUCCGGCUGUGCCGUGCGAAGAGGCUGCGCUACCGACAUAUGGAUCUCAAUGACUUGGAGAACAAGUUAAAAGAAGCCCAGUCCUGUCGUCUGCGACUCAUUGCCACAGACGGCGUGUUCUCCAUGGACGGGGACGUUGCGCCUCUGAGAGAAAUCUGUGACCUUGCUGAGCGAUAUGGAGCCAUGGUUUUUAUCGACGAGUGCCACGCCACGGGUUUCAUGGGUCCUCGAGGCCGGGGCACAGAUGAGCUACUGGGAGUGAUGGACAAGGUGCACAUUGUCAACUCCACCCUAGGGAAGGCGCUAGGGGGUGCAGCUGGUGGGUACACAGUUGGUCCUAAACCUUUAAUUGAUCUGUUGAGGCAACGGUCGCGUCCUUAUCUCUUCUCAAACUCCCUGCCUCCCCCGGUUGUGGGCUGCUCCACCCGUGCCAUCGAACUACUGCUCAAGUCGAAUGAGAUUGCCCAGAGUAUGGCUGCCAAGACCAAGAGAUUCAGAGAUUCCAUGACUCGGGCUGGCUUUACUAUCUCUGGCUCAAACCAUCCCAUCUGUCCAGUGAUGCUUGGGGAUGCACGUCUUGCCUCGUUGAUGGCCGACGACAUGCUGAAGCUGGGAGUAUAUGUAAUCGGCUUCUCCUAUCCAGUGGUUCCGAAGGGGAAAGCUCGAAUCAGAGUCCAAAUCUCAGCAGCUCAUUCUGACCAGGAUAUCGACCGCUGCGUUGAUGCCUUCACACAAAUUGGGAGAAAGCAUGGAGUCAUUUCCUGAGCAGACUUGUAGGAAAUAUAGGAUGACUGACAGAAUGUACAAGUUACUUAAACAAGAGUUUGUCCAGCAUUGAGUGUUACCAAUCUGAAUAGGUCAGUUGCAAGGAAUCACCUCUCCCAAAAAUGUAUAUUUUUCCUGACGCUAGCUUUUCUAAAAAAAAAAAGUUAGUCUGAUUUCUAAGGAAGAAUAAAGAUUUGUAAUGACAUUGCUUUAUUUUAGAAUGCUAUUCAUUACAUUGAUCUUAUUGUCCAUUUUAUUCUCUACUGUUGAUGAAGGUUUUUUGUUUUGCACAAAAGAUUGAGUAUCAUUUGUUGCUUAAACAAAGCUUCUUUCUGAAGCUGGUUGCCAUAUUUGACCCAGA